AUGGCCGGGCUGGGGUUGCAGGGCCACGCUGCUGGACUGCCCCUGCUGCUGCUGCAGCUGCCGCACCAGGCCCUGCCAGAAGGACCCCUGGCGUUCGUGGCUCUGGUGUUCCGCCAUGGCGACCGGGCUCCGCUGGCCUCCUACCCCACAGACCCACACAAGGAAGCCGUUUCUGCCCUCUGGCCUCGAGGCCUGGGCCAGCUGACCAGGGAGGGAGUCCGCCAGCAGCUGGAGCUGGGCCACUUCCUGCGGAGGCGCUACAAGUCCUUUCUAAGUCCCCAGUACCGGCGGGAGGAGGUGUACAUCCGGAGCACAGACUUCGACCGGACCCUGGAGAGCGCUCAGGCCAACCUGGCUGGGCUGUUCCCGGAGGCAGCCCCGGGGAGCCCUGAGGCCGACUGGAGGCCAAUUCCUGUGCACACCGUGCCUGUUGCUGAGGACAAGCUGCUGAGAUUCCCCAUGCGCAGCUGUCCUCGAUACCAUGAGCUGCUGCGGGAGUCCACAGAGGCCGCUGAGUACCAGGAGGCCCUGGAGGGCUGGACGGACUUUCUGACUCGCCUGAGCAACUUCACGGGGCUGACGCUGGUUGGGGAGCCACUGCACAGGGCAUGGAAGGUUCUGGACACACUCAUAUGCCAGCGAGCUCACGGACUUCCCCUACCUUCCUGGGCCUCCCCUGAUGUCCUGAGAACUCUGGCUCAGAUCUCUGCUUUGGAUAUUGGGGCCCAUGUGGGCCCACCCCGGGCAGCAGAGAAGGCCCAGCUGACAGGGGGGAUUUUACUGGAUGCCAUCCUUUCCAACUUCUCCCGGGUUCAGCGCCUGGGACUGCCCCUCAAGAUGGUCAUGUACUCAGCUCACGACAGCACCCUGCUGGCCCUCCUAGGGGCUCUAGGCCUCUAUGACGGGCAUACCCCACCCUAUGCUGCCUGCCUCGGUUUUGAGUUCCGGAAACGUCUCAGGGACCCAGAAGAUGGAGGGAACAUCACCAUCUCCCUCUUCUACCGCAAUGACUCUGCUAGACUACCCUUGUCCCUGAGCCUCCCUGGGUGCCCAGCCCCCUGUCCACUAGGGCACUUCCACCAGCUGACCGCUUCAGCCAGACCGCCAGUGCAUGGGGCCUCCUGUCAUGACUAUGAGACUACCACUCCCCCAGGUGACCGCUCUCUGCGCUGGGGUAGUAGUUGGGGGUCCCCCAGACCUGAGAUUCACAACCCCCAAGUUCUUCCUGCAGCCACCACAGUGCCCCUGCUGGCCGGAGCUGUGGCCCUGCUGGCUGUGCUCAGCCUGGGGCUCGGCUUAUUGGCCUGGAGACCUGGCUGCUUGCGGGCCUUAGGGGGGGCCGUGUGAGCUGGGAACUUGGGGCAGCCCCUCCCCUCAGCUGACUGGAUCCCAACAUGUGUUCUCCCGCU